AUGGCCGAGGAGCUGGGGCUGCAGCACGGGAGCACCGGGGAGGGCAGGGACCGGUACAUCAGCGUCCGCAGGAAAGAGCCCCCCGAGCCUGCACUGCCUGCGGCCGCCCCCCCCAGCGAGCAGCAUCCCCGUCCUCAGCCACAGCAGCCCAGCAGCGAAACCCCUGCCCCUGCUGAGCCCGCAGGGAGCAGCCAGAGCUCGGGGAAAGUGGACCUGAAAGCCCUGCACCUCGAGAGAGUUCAGAGGGAGAAAGCCAGACGGGAGGAGGCAGCGAGGAAGGCUCAGGAGCCCAGGGCCAGCAGCAGGAGGAAAGACAAAGGUGAAGCCAAAGGCAAGCCAGCAGAGGCAGAAGAAGACAUCGACGCCCUGAUUUCUGCUGCCAUCAAAGCUGACAACACGUGUGGCUUCCCCCACUGCAAAGCCAGUGUCACCAUCCUGGGCCAGCUCUGCCACCACUGCCACCACCGCUUCUGCCUCAGCCACCACGUCCCGGAGGUUCAUGGCUGUGGGGACAAGGCCAAGGCGCAGGCGCGGCAGCGCAUCAGCAGGGAAGGGGUCCUGUAUCCCGGGGGUGGCUCCAAAGACAAUUCCCUGGACCCGGCCAAGAGAGCCCAUCUCCAGCGGCGCCUGGACAAGAAGCUCAGCGAGCUCACCAGCCAGAGGAAGAGCAAGAAGAGAGACAAGAGAAGUAAAGGAGCUCAACAGCUUCUUUUAAGCCUUGAAGUCACGGGUCAGACUGUGAAAGCCAAAGAUGCUGCUAAAGCUUCCAAGGGGAAGGUGGGAGCUCUCGG